UUCUCUCUUAUAUAUAUAAUUUGGGGAGUCAUUAACAUAGACAACAAUUUCAUUUCAAUAAAUUUUCCAAAUAUGACACGUUUUAUGUAUUCUCUAGCAUGGCCUUUUGUUCUUCUAUUAGCUUCUUCAUUAGCUUCUGCUGCUAUCGUGGAACACACUUGGAAUGUUGAGGACAUCAAUUUUCAGCUAUUGUGCCGUCCACAGGUGAUUACUGCCGUCAAUGGAACUUUGCCAGGACCAACCAUUAAUGCUCGAGAGGGUGACACUGUUAUUAUUCAUGUAAUCAACAAAUCACCCUACAACCUUACUAUUCAUUGGCAUGGAAUCAUUCAAUUUUUAACACCUUGGUCAGAUGGUCCAGAGUAUGUAACUCAAUGCCCAAUUCCAUCUAAUGGCAGUUAUACAUACCAAUUUAAUUUAACAGGACAAGAAGGAACACUUUGGUGGCAUGCACACUCUUCUUUCCUACGUGCAACUGUUUAUGGUGCCCUUAUCAUUAAGCCACGACUAGGACACACAUACCCUUACCCCAAAGUUUAUCAAGAAGUCCCCUUAGUAGUUGGGGAGUGGUGGAAUGCUAAUGUUGAAGAAGUUGAGAGAAAUGCAACUGAUACUGGUAACCCACCAUUGGAAUCAAUUGCAUCCACAAUUAAUGGCUUCCCUGGUGAUUUGUUUAAUUGCUCUCAAGAUAAAACUUACACGCUCAAAGUGAAGCGAGGAAAAACCUACUUACUUCGUGUUAUCAAUGCUGCACUCAAUGAACAACAUUUCUUUAAGGUAGCGAAUCAUACUUUAACAGUUGUAGCUAUGGACGCUAUCUACACGGAACAUUAUAACACCGAUGUUAUUGUGUUAGCGCCUGGCCAAACUGUUGAUGUUCUCUUAAGAACCAACCAAGCUGUUGAUUCUUAUUAUAUGGUUUUCACACCAUAUCGUUCGUCGAAUGUCGGAACCAAUAACAUUACCACUAGAGGAGUUAUUAUUUAUGAUGGUGCUAAUUCCACAACAAAAACACCUAUAAUGCCAAUUUUACCCGAUGAACACGAUACACCAACAGCUCACAAGUUUUACACCAACGUUACAGGGUUAACAACUAGCAGACAUUGGGUUCGAGUACCACGUAAAGUUGAUGAAGAUAUGUUCAUAUCAUUUGGAAUUGGUUUAGAAACAUGCAUAAAUCCAGGACCAGGACGUUGUGUUGUACUUAACUCAAGACUUUCAGCAAACAUGAAUAAUGAAUCAUUUGUUCUUCCUAAGGGUAAACGUUACUCAUUAUUAGAAGCAUUUUACCGUAAUGCUAGUAACGGUAUAUACACAAAAGAUUUUCCAAAUAAACCAGUUUUUGAAUUUAACUAUACUGAUCCUGCAUUAAUGAACAUUGAUCCUGCCGACCCUCUUGCAUUCGCGCCUAAGUCAACAAAAAUCAAGACUCUGAAGUUUAAUUCAACGGUUCAGAUUGUACUUCAGAAUAAUGCUAUUUUAGGCGCGGAGAAUCAUCCUAUUCAUAUUCAUGGAUAUAAUUUCCAUGUUUUAGCUCAAGGUUUUGGGAAUUAUAAUUCUACUAGAGAUGAACGAAAGUUUAAUCUUUUUAAUCCUCAAAUGCGUAACACUAUUUCUGUACCUGUUGGUGGAUGGGCUGUUAUUAGAUUUCAAGCAAAUAAUCCAGGUAUUUGGUUUAUGCAUUGUCAUUUGGAAACACAUUUGCCAUGGGGAUUAGGAAUGGCUUUUGAGGUUGAGAAUGGACCUACUCCAGAAACCACAAUUCCUCCUCCACCAGCUAAUUAUCCUAAGUGUUGAGGACAUUAUACAUUCUUUAGUUAAUUACAAAAUAAAUACUUAGUACUCUUACUAUUUUGUAUUAAUGCUAAUAUUAUUUGUUUAGUUGAUAUUAUUAUUAUUAUUAUUAAUAAUAAAGGCAAAAUGUUAGCCUAUUUUUUCAACACAUAGCUACAUGAUAGUCCAAUUCAUACCUGUAAACAUUUAUUGAUUUGACAUCAUAAAUAAACUCUUUAUUUAUUUAUU